UCCAUCAACAACUUAAACAAUCAAUCAAUAGAUUUUUUGAUAAAAUACUAGGGAUAAGUACUCCGAACUUUUAAAACGUUAGAGUUCGUAUUGUAUUGGGAUCAACUGAUUGGUUUAAAUGGUUUAAUGUAUGUUACUAUAUUGCAGUUUCUCGGAGAACACACAUUGUAACAUGUACUCUUCUUAUUAGUUAAUGUUUAUAAAACACACAUUCAACUCGUGUUAGUGAUUAUGUCGUAGUACUCAUAUAUUUCAUCAUCUGAUUUGUGAAAAUUCUCAUAGUAUAUAUAAGAUGCAACAUAAAAGGAUUUUUCAAUGCAGCUGCAACAUUUUGAGGAGUGCUUAUCCUGUUUCUUCUUUUUUCCAACCUGUUGUUUUGCUGCCCAAUAAUUAUUCAAAAUAUAAUAGUAUUUAUUUUAAAAAGCCUUAUUCUAAUUUAUUUAGUAUACCGCACUUGACUGAUGCCGGAGUCAGACAAUUGCACACUUCUACGAAUUUAAAAAACCCUAAGGAGCUCUCAAAAGUUGAAGAAACAGUUAAAAAUCUUAAGGGAGAAGUAAAGAAGAAAGAAGAACUUAUAUUAAAACCUGCAGACGCUCUAAGUCCGAAACGGUCUUUGGGUAAGAGAAUUUGGGAUGAAAUUGUCCAUUAUUAUCACGGGUUUCGUCUACUUUUCAUCGAUAUCAGAGUUUCAUCACGAUUAGCCUGGAAAAUAUUGAGGGGUAAAGAUUUGACCCGCAGGGAACACAAGCAGCUCGUUCGUACAGUUUCUGAUCUAUUCAGAUUGGUGCCAUUCUCUAUAUUUAUUAUUGUACCUUUCAUGGAGCUCUUACUUCCUGUGUUUUUAAAGUUUUUUCCUUCCAUGCUGCCAUCAACAUUUCAACACAAAUCUGCAACUGAGUUGAAGUUUAAAAAGAAUUUGAGAAUGAAAAUUGAAAUGGCUAAGUUUUUACAAGAUACCUUGGAUGAACUGGCAGUGUCUUCUAAAGGGGAUUCCCAUUCAGACACAGCAAAAGAAUUUGUCACUUUUUUUGACAAGAUUCGAAGUACCGGUGAACAAGCAACCAAUGUAGAAAUUUUAAAAUUCUCAAAGCUUUUUGAAGAUGAAGUGACUCUGGAAAACCUGAGCAGGCCUCAACUUAUUGCUCUAUGUAGACUUUUGGAGCUUCAACCUAUUGGCACUAAUAAUUUCUUAAGAUUCCAAUUAAGAAAUAAAAUAAGAAAUCUUAGGGCAGAUGAUAGGAUGAUACAGAAAGAAGGAAUUGAGAAUCUUACAAUCACAGAAGUGCAAGCUGCUUGCAGAGCAAGAGGAAUGAGAGCACUGGGUAUACCCGAACAUCGUCUCCGUUCUUCGUUGCUGCAGUGGUUGGAGCUCAGCCUUAACGAAAAAAUACCGCCUUCUCUUUUAUUACUGAGCCGUGCUCUUUAUUUACCUGAAAAUGUACCUACAACGGAUCAGUUAAAAGUUACUUUGUCUUCAUUGCCUGAAACUGCUACUACUGAAACAAAAUUCAAAAUUGGAGAAAUGGAAGGUAAAGUUGAUAAUAAAACAAAAUUGGAGCUCAUUAAGAAAGAAGAAGCUGAAAUCAGGAAGGAAGCAGAAGAAAUCAAACAGCAAGAGUUGGAUAAACAAAAGUUGCAACAAAAAACUGACUUGGAGACUGCUGACAAAGAUAUGUUGAUAGACAAAGCUCCUGUAUUGGAUGUUCUAUCUGGAAAAACCAUUGCUGCAAAAUCUGACGAAAUUAAAAAGGAAGAAGAGCUUUCAAGAGAAGAUUUUGAAGAAAUCGAAAAUGCUUUGGAAAACAUUGCAUCUGAAAAAAAUAAACUUCUGAUUGAGAAAGAAGAAAUUGAAGAUUUGAAAGAAGAAAUGGCUGAAUACAAACAGGAUAUUGAAGAAUUGAAGGACGUUGUUCUUGAAACGGGUCACAAAGAAAUAAGGGAAUCAAAAGCAGCUUCAAGAUUAUCAAAUAAAGUAAACAAAAUGGUAUCCAAAAUGGAUGGUUUGAUUCAUAAUUUGACUGAAGAAAAAGUCAACCUGGAACAGCAGAUUCAAGACAAAGAAAAAGAAGGUGUAACACCUCUCAAAGAAAGGGAUGAUAUUGUCAGCAUCAAUGACCUGGUUACAGCCAUAAGAAAGAUCCGGAAAGUAUCCGACGAGUCUAAGCUUCAACAGAUUGCUGAGGUUCUAGAAAAAUUGGAUGUAGACAGAGAUGGAUCUGUUGAAAUUGAUGAUUUGUUGAAGGUUAUUGAGCUUCUUGAAAAUGAAGAUGUGAAGGUGACCAAGAAGCAAAUGGAUGACAUCAUUGAGCUCCUCUUGAAGGAAGAGACGCUGGAAAAAACUGAAAAGAAACUGCGACCUCAUUAGUUAUUUAUUUUAUUAUUUAUUAGCACAAAAGUGGACACUUGUCUGUACUAGUGAGCAGUGGGUUUUAAAAAAAAAAUUGUUGUUAUGUGAUACUUGCUGGGUAUUUUUGUAGACAGUGCUGUAGCUGAUGCAGUAAUGCUUACAAAAUAAGCUGUUGUGAUCUAUAAAAAAGCUGUUAUGUGUAAAUAGUUCUGUAACACUAAUAUGGUGUUAUAUUUUGUUUUGUAGAUAGCUCUAAGAGAACUUGUGUUUAAAUUAAGUUUGUUUCUAUGUUGCGCAGAAGUUCUGAUAAUUUUACCUUUGUUGACUAGAUAUAUUAAUGUGAAUUUUAGUUUUUUCUCGUCGACGGGUGCAUAAACAUUUUCAAUGGGGGGAUUCAGUUUUUAUAUCAACUGAUGAAAUUAUUUACAAAGUGUAAUAAAAGCAGACUUCAAAAUCUUGCAACUCAGUUUUAAAAAAAUCAAGCUGUUUUAAUAAAUUUUGCUACAAUAGGUA